UCCAUCGGGCUGCUCGCGACGGUGCUGCCUGAGUCCGUCAUGCGGCUCUCGGUCGCGAUGCUGGCGUUCGUCGCGGCGUCCACGAUGGUGCUGCUGGAGCCCGACAUGCUGCUCGCGGUCGUGCUGCCGCAGCGUGUCGCGAUGCUCGCGAUGGCGUCGACGGAGCCCGUCGUGCUGCUGGCGGUCGCGUUGCCAGAGGCCGCCGUGCUGCUCGCGGCUUUGCUGCUGGAGUCCGUCAUGCUGCCCGCAGUCGUGCUGCUGCCGUCCGUCGUGCUGCUCACGAUGGUGUUGCUGGGGCCCGCCAUGCGGCUCGCGGUUGCGCUGCUGGGGUCCGUCGCGCUGCUCGCGGCGGUCCUCAUCGCCGAGGUCGCUCCGCGCGGCGACAGCGCCGCCGGCUGUCGCGAGGCCGGGCGGGGGGCCCAGAGGAGCUGCCGCGCGGGCGGGGGGCCCGGCCGCCCAGGCGAGGGCGGCCACCGCGCCGGCCAGAGCCCCGCGGAGGGCGCAGCAGAGGCGGCGUCGGCAGCAGCGCCAGCUGCACGCGCGGCGCUGCCGCGC